UACUGCAUCAACGCAGUUGUGAUGGUGAAGUUCUUGGAAAGCGACCUGGACCAACUUUCGGUCGAGUUUAACUUGGCGACAUCAGACUCAAGUUAUCACUCCUCUUUUUCUUAGACUGCUUUUUGUGAGGGAACAUGGAUGCCGGUGGCAACCUAAUCAAUCAUGCUCUGGAGCUGCGACAUGUGACCGAAAAUCCAUAAAGAAGGAACGGUCUUCCGAUGAAACUCUUAUCUUGGCCAAUUAUAUCUCAGGUCAUGUGUCCUCGUCAUAAGUGUCAUCACCGAGAAUGCGAUAUUCAAGUACUGGCUUCACGGAACUACCUUGCUUGAUUGCACCUUAUCAUCCUGAGUCCUACCAGCACCAUGUCAGACCUUCCCUCCGCCAUCCACCCCGACAUUCUUCCCCGCCUCGACCCUGAAUACGUCGCGUUCCAUAAUAUCCAUCUAGCCCACCGCGUGCCCCCGCACACGAUCCCCUGGCAUCCGGAUAUCAGGAAGGCACCCUACAUCCCAGGUGGCUCGCCUAUUAGGACAGUCGGGGCUGUCAAAGAUAUCAGUCUGCAGAACUGCAAGAUUCGGGCUUUCAUACCUGAAGGAACUCCUCCUGCAGAAGGGUGGCCGGUGUUGUUAUAUAUCCAUGGAGGUGGAUGGACGCUUGGGAGUAUCGAUACUUUGAACUCAUUCAUAUCUCGCCAAUGCAAAGAUAACAACUGCGUUUCGGUGGCUCUGGACUAUCGCUUGGCUCCUGAGGACCCAUAUCCUGCAGCGGUCGAGGACACGGUUGAUGCGUUGAAAUUCAUUUACUACAACGGGAAGGCAGAGUUCAACGCGAAUGUGAACAAAAUCGCGGUUGGAGGGUCAUCCAGCGGCGGCAAUUUAGCUGCAAUCGCAUGUCUCAAGGCGCAAGAACUCACGCCUCCCAUCCCCAUCAUCUUCCAGCUGUUGAUUGUGCCUGUGACUGACAACACGGCAUCCGUCACCGACGAGAGAUAUCCGUCUUGGAAAGAGUGCCAGAACACCGUUUGGCUGUGCGAAGGGCGGAUGAUGUGGUUCCGCAACAUGUACCUUCCUGACCCUGCGACCUGGGCAGAGCCAGACAACUCGCCUAUCUUCGCGUCGGAUGCUUUGCUUGCCAAGGUCCCGCCUGCAUUCGUUAGCGUCUGCGAACUUGAUAUUCUGCGAGAUGAAGGGCUUGCGUAUGGCGAGAAGUUGAAGUCGCUUGGGGUGAAGGUAGAGGCAAAGGUUUACCCAGGAGCACCGCAUCAGAUUCUUGGGAUGGAUGCUGCGCUGAAAGUUGGGAAGCAGCAGGCUGACGACGCCAUCAAGGCUGUGGGAGAUGCUUUCAACGCGGCAUAGGUAUUGAUAUGGAUGUUACAGAGAAUAGUGGUGGAUUGUGUACGAUUACACUGAAUGCGAAGACAUGCAAGGGCCGCAGUUAUAUUAUAAGACAGCCUUGUCAUUGUCUUUCGGAAAGAUGGUUUGUU